ACGUCGUCUCAGCACCGGCCGAGACGACCGGUCCCCGCGCCGUCGAACCACGUCCUCCUAGAAUCGCAGAAACAGUGGUACUUUACAGACGAGGAACUCACGAGAACGCCGUCACUUCUCGAUGGCAUGAGCGCGGACACAGAGCAUAUACAGCGGAGCAAAGGAGUGAAUUUCAUUGUCCAGGUGGGUAUGAUUUUGAAACUGCCUCAGCUUACCCUCAACACUGCGGCCGUCUUCAUGCACCGCUUUUUCGUUCGAUACAGCAUGGUCGAUCUCCCCCGUCGCCCGGGCCUUCACCCUUACUCCGUCGCGGCAGGGUGUUUGUUUCUCGCGAGUAAAGUGGAUGAGAAUUGUCGGAAAAUACGAGAGCUUGUCAUUGCCUGCUGUCGUGUCGCACAGAAGAAUCCCAACCUGGAGGUCGACGAACAGAACAAGGAAUUCUGGAAAUGGAAAGACACGCUACUUGCCUACGAGGAUUUGUGCCUCGAGGCGCUGUGUUUCGAUUUGCAGUUGGAACAGCCGCAUAAGAUUUGCUACGAGUUUCUGUGCUAUUUUGGAAAGAACGAUCACAAGCCCUUGCGAAACGCGGCUUGGGCCUUUCUCAAUGAUUCUAACUUCACCGUCCUUUGCCUCCAGUUUUACCCGCGAACGAUUGCUGCUGCUGCUCUCUGGGCAGGCGCUAGAUUGUGCGACGUGGCAUUUGAAGAUGACGAACAAGGUAGUCCAUGGUGGGAGCAAAUCGAUGUCAACUUGACAGAAGUUCGACGAGCUGUGAGCCGUAUGGUCCAAUUAUACGAGAAAAAUACCGUCCACCGCCAGUCCCAUCAGUACCCUACCAAUUCUACAGACAGCGACGGCAAUUCGGAAACCACACGGAUUGUCAACCCUCAUCCAAGCAGCAUCCCGGAGUCGAUACCUGACGAGGGAGAAAUAAAUGGGCGCAAGCGGUCUAGAGAAGCUGAAGAUAAUAUCAGCCCACCCCAUUCAGCGACAAAAAACCACUCAUCCUUUGGAAACAAUAGUCGAGAACCCUCGCCAAAACGACAACGCUUAACCCCGGACCCUUCCAGAACACCAGCAGAGAGUUCUCAAAAGACAUUAUCCUCAUCAUCGUCACUUACUCAAAACGGUCUCCAUCAGCUCCCCCGAUCGAACUCCCGUAUUCCUUCUGCUGCUUUUGACCAAAACCGCCGACAACAACAUCCUCUUCCCCCACCGCCACCACCCGCACCCGCCGAUACUCGCGAUAAGAGCAACGGGACCAGUAAUAAUCAUAAUAACAGCCACGGUGGACAAUUCACCGACUCAGCCGAUGUCGUCCAGCAACGUAUCGACGAGAUUGUGCAACAGGGGUUAAGAGGGAGUAGUCGGAACAAUAACCAUAAUUAUCAUCACGCGGAGCACGAUCGAGAUCGAGAUCGAUACCGUGAUCACAAUAAGUAUAGGGAUCGAGACCGAGAAUGGGAUCCUUCCUCCUCUCGACGUGAUCGUGAUGGCGGUGGUGGUGGUGGUCGGCACAGAGCAGACAGCUACGAACAUGGUAACUACAGAGAUCAUGAUCGAGAUCGAGGCCGGGACUACUACCGUGAUAAUGACAGACGCCCAUCAACAGCCGCAACGAACACAUCGUCAACAAGCUCCGACAAUCGCAUGCGGUUAAGUGCCGAACCUGCUGCUGCUGCCUUCUUACCAACCCGCCCUUCCCCUUCUCAUUCCCGUUCAUUCAGCCGGAUAAACCCGAGUCACAGGAAGAGGGAGGGAGACGACGAAGAGGGGAAUGAAGAAGGAGAAAUCAACUCCGAUCGAGAGGAAGGCGAGGUGACCAGCACCAAUCCACCGUCAGCACAUAAGAACGACGAGGAUGAAGGCGGU